AUGCAGUCACGUGAGCAAAAAGUUGCGCCCAAGCGACUCACUGCAUCUCAAUCUUCACCACCGAGCAGGAAACCCGUGAAGCAGAAUUCCUGUGGGCUAACUUUUGUAUAUGGUAGGAGAUUUUUCUCUGACCUGCCUUUAGAAUAUAUUGUCCUAGAAUUAAUACUGUAUUUAAGCAGUGUUGUUAAAAUUAUUCCCAAAUUUAAAAUACAAAUUAUUACCUUUUUCAGGAAAUCCAGUAGAGGAGACUUCGUAUUUUCUGCUGAUCGUCUGAUCAGACUUGUGGUUGAAGAGGGACUGAAUCAACUGCCAUACACAGAGUGUACCGUGACCACUCCAACAGGACACAAGUACGAAGGAGUCAGAUUUGAAAAGGGAAACUGCGGAGUCAGCAUAAUGCGAAGUGACAGGCAGCUAAGGCAGAGUCACAAAGUGGAGAUAGGAGAACGCAGCCCAACUGAUUUACGGAGUUCUGCUAAUCGUGAUUUAAUGUGUGGUGCUGCGAUACAGCUGCAGUGCUGUAGUCAUUAUUGCCUUUGCCCUCUCUCAAAAGGUGCCAAAUCCAUCAUCCAGGAAUUCCCAGAGAUCACGAUUUUAACCACAGAAGUUCAUCCCGUUGCACCAACGCACUUUGGACAGAAGUAUUUUGGAACAGACUGACACGCUCGGGGCAAACGGACAUGACUGUGAUGUGACAAGAGGUUUCUUUCUACGUUUCAUUUUUGUUGAGCUGGUGGAGGGCGUGUUUAAAAAUCCUUUUGGCCAAGGGGGUAAAUACUUGACUUGAUUGGUUCUGGUCAGUAACUGCCUGAACGCUGUGUCAGGUACAACAGCAACGUGCUCCGUCAUGACAAGGGCAAGCAGCUCAGUGUCGGGGCUCUAUAAAUCGCUACGCUCUCUGCUUUAACUUAUUUAUUCUUCUAUCGCCUGUCUUGUGGCUGCUUGCAAGAGCAAAAUAAACCAACGGAAUCACAGAGGCGCGUGCUUCCUUUCUGGUGGUAACGUUUGCAUCGCUCCAGGUCAGCUGGUGCAGCCGCUCCCAAACGCUUCCAAAACCACGGGCGUGCUUGGAACUCAAUGCAAUUCUUAGCGGCCACACUGAAUUUUGGGGAGAACUGUCAGCCUUUGGAUGGUGACCAAGAACUAAAGACACAACUCUCUUGAAUUUUGCUCUGCAUUGAUUAUUUUAAAAUAGUAAACCAGCCACCGUUGUCUUGCUCAAUGGUAGUGAAUCAAGAAGGUUCCUAUUGCAGCGCACCCGCCCCGGCAACCUGGGUGGGGACCGAGGGUGGGAGCAGCACUGGCUACAGAAACUCUACACGCGCGGUACUUGCCGCUUGCAGCCUGUGUGGUCGGGUCGGUAUCGCUAAGCCUUUGAAAGGAAGGCAAGCUGCGGCAAAAAGCUGAACUCGAUUCCUAGCUCUGUUUGCAGAGCAGCAGGGCUUGAAGUCAAAAGACAAAUACGGCCCUCGGGGCUUAGCGCCCUUCCAGGACACUCGGUGCAGUAACUGCAUCGAUCGGGUCAAAGCGACCUCUGCCGCCAAAUCCCUUCUUUCUUGGGCUUUAAACCCCCUGGCGCCAAGGACACCAUACCCAGCGCUCAACCUUGCCCAGCCUUACCCAACGAUCACUUUGGGAAAUUUUACAUAUAGAUAUAUACACACACAACCCCCACAGCCCGUUAUUAUUUUUUAACUAUCUCCAUAUUCUAAGAAGUGCAGGAUCACAGAAUGUCACCACAAGUAGAGCACUUCGUAGCUCGUCAGAUGAGCGGAACGCGAAGGCCUGGGCUGCCCCAACCAAGACCUCGUAAGACAGGAGCAGCGUUCAGCGAACCCUUUUUUGACACAGAGGAAGAACCUUCCCCGCUCCGAGCGGUAACUUCAGCUCAUUGAAGUUGCGUAAGGCUUCCAGGGAGAGAAUGUUUAGCCCGAACAUAGGCUAGG